AUGUGGGAACUAGCCAACUGUAACACCCUUCCGGUGCCUAGCUGCCAUGCCACCCGAAGGGAGCACGAGCACUUGGAUACUGGCAGGUUCCCCAAGCCUAGACAGGAGGAGUCGAGAGGCAGAGGCCGGGUUCGAACCACGGACCCUCCGCGCCGGUCUACGUUAGAGUUCCUCAAGGCUCUGUUUUGGGACUAA